GCCUAGUCCUCCCUCAACUCCACACAGUUCAUCUACCUCUUCAAGCAACCAGAGCUCUCCUUCAUCAUCAUCAAGUGAAUCAAGUGAAUCUCCUCCACGCAGAGUAAGAACAUUGGUUGAUAUCUAUGAAAAUUGUGAUUUUGCUCUAGUUGCUGCAGAACCCACAGGUUUUGAUGAGGCUGUUGCUCAGCCUGAAUGGCAGAAGGCUAUGGAAGAGGAAAUCAGUGUUAUAGAGAAGAAUGGGACUUGGGAGCUAGUAAGUCUGCCCAAAGGAAAAAAGGCUAUAGGCCUAAAAUGGGUCUAUAGAACAAAAUGCAACCCGGAUGGAAGUGUUUCUAGGCACAAAGCCAGGUUGGUUGUCAAAGGCUAUGCUCAGCAAGAAGGCAUAGAUUAUGAGGAAACCUUCUCACCAGUUGCCAGGUUUGAAACUGUGAGGGUUGUCCUAGCUUUAGCUGCACAAUGGAGGUUACCUGUGUUCCAGUUAGAUGUGAAGUCAGCUUUCUUAAAUGGAGAACUUCAGGAGGAGGUGUUUGUUGAACAGCCUCAGGGUUUUGAGAAGAAGAAUGAACCUGAGAAGGUGUACAAACUGAAGAAAGCACUCUAUGGCUUAAAGCAGGCUCCAAGGGCAUGGUACAGUAAGAUUGACUCAUUUUUCAUUACUAAUGGAUUCAUUAGGAGUGAUAAUGAGCCAACACUUUACAUAAAGAAGCAAGAUUUCAAGAGUUCAAUGAAGCAGAAGUUUGAAAUGACUGAUCUAGGGGUCUUGCAAUACUUUCUUGGCCUGGAAGUGAAACAGAAAAAGGAGGGGACUUUUUUGUGCCAAAGAAAGUAUGCUAUGGAUUUACUCAAAAGGUUUCAUAUGGAGAAUUGUGAGAUAGCAAAAACUCCUAUGAAUACCAAUGAGAAGCUGCAGAAAUGUGAUGGAACUGAGAAAGCAAGUGAAAGAUCAUUCAGAAGCCUAGUUGGGGGACUGAACUACCUAACACACACUAGACCUGACAUUGCACACAGUGUUAGUGUUGUGUCUAGGUAUAUGCAUUAUCCCACUAAGCAGCACUUUGGUGCAGCUAAACGAAUUCUGAGAUAUGUGGCAGGAAC